CCUGUUCGAGUAUGGAGGAAACGACCGUCCGAUCCGAUCGUCCACGAUGCUGCCUUGGCCAUAGGUUUCGUGUUGGGCUGACAAGUAUAUAGAUCCGUGGUUCUUGUCGUUUGAUCUGGGCGAGAAGAGGCGCAGCGCAGCAUACGACGAAUCUGACCUACAAGGCUGAUUAAAAAACGUCUGCCCAACUCCUGAUCUCCCAAUAUCAAACCCUCCACCACCCCAAUGGGCGCCAAACCACCACCCACCCUCCUCACCCUCCUCACCCUCCCCGCCGAAAUCCGCGAGCAGAUAUGGGACUACUUCCUCGUCUCCCCCACCCACCGCGUCCUCCCCGUCCUUCCCGUCCUCCCCCUCCUCCCCGUCCUCCCCGUCCUCCCCCGCCCCUCAAACUCCACCCCUUCCUUCCCCGCCAUCUGGACAGCCACCCGCCCGCUCCGUCGAACCCGUCAGCAAUACCACGGCCACCAAUCCUAUGCCACCGCCUCGCAGCGCCUUCUUCAAGACAGUGCAUCUCGUGCCCUGUGCUCCCACCACCGCCGCCCUACUCUGGCCAUCUCUCCUCCCGCUCGCGCAUCCGCUGACUCUCGUCAAUAGACAUGUCUAAGCUGAGACCUGUGCCGGAGAGGGAGCUUGUAUGGGAGGACAAGAAAAAGCGGACUGAUCGGUUGAGAGAGUUGUUGGUGAGGCAAUGGGGUUUAGAGGGGGGGGUACGGGGAUGGGAUGACACUGUUUACCUGGGAGGGCUGGUCGCGUGUCGAGAAGUGAGA